AUAUUUACGAGCGUUUAGGAAUGCUACGAUUCGGUGGUGCACUGCGAAGGCUGAGAGAGGGGGCAGCAUCAAAGUGAAAACAAGAAGAAGUUUUCUCCGACGAUCUCUGUUAUGGUUAUGGAUUCGUUAAACGACGGCGUUUUGUGUUCCCCGGACAUGGAAAAGUUCCUGUGUGAGUUGUUGCUGGAUUCGAACCAGCCUAUUUCUGAGCGCUUCAGAGCUCUCUUCUCUCUUCGCAACCUCAAAGGUCCUGCCCCUCGCAACGCUCUUAUUCUCGCCACAAGGGAUUCAUCAAAUUUAUUGGCACAUGAAGCUGCCUUUGCAUUGGGUCAAAUGCAGGAAUUGGAAGCCAUCCCUGCUUUGACCUCAGUUCUAAAUGAUCUUUCUUUGCAUCCCAUUGUUCGCCAUGAGGCAGCUGAAGCACUUGGUGCUAUUGGUUCAGAUGGUAAUGUUCCUCUGUUGAAGAAUAGCUUGGAUUUAGAUCCGGCUCAGGAGGUUCGAGAAACAUGUGAAUUGGCUCUUCAUCGUAUUCAGCAUUUAAAAGAUUCUGAUAAUGCUGAUGAAUUGUCCACAGCAGAUGUAUCUCCUUUUAAAUCUGUUGAUCCAGCAGCUCCAGCAGCCUCUUGUUCUUCUGUUGACCAACUAAGGAAGGUACUUCUUGAUGAAGAAAAAGGGAUGUAUGAGCGGUAUGCAGCUCUUUUUGCACUUCGAAAUGAUGGUGGAAAUGAAGCUGUUGCUGCUAUUAUUGAUUCCUUGGGUUCAAAAAGUGCUCUACUGCGCCACGAGGUUGCAUAUGUUUUGGGCCAAUUGCAAGACAAAGCUGCUUCAGCUGCUCUAUCCAAUAUACUUAAAGAUGUGAAUGAGCAUCCAAUGGUUAGACAUGAAGCUGCUGAAGCUCUUGGUUCAAUUGCAGAUGAUCAAAGUGUAGCCCUUCUUGAGGAGUUCACGGCAGAUCCAGAGCCUCUUGUCUCACAAAGUUGUCAGGUUGCUCUGAGCAUGCUAGAAUUUGAACGAUCAGGGAAAUCAUUUGAGUUCCUGUUCAUGCGCACUCCAAUUGUGUCCUAAAUAUUUUCUCGUAGUGAUGCCUUUCAUCAAUGGCAAGACAUGAAGAAUGAGCCGCAUGAGAAAGAAGAGGGACACGGAUAGAGAAAGCGCAACUAUGGGAUUUCUUACUUUUCUUAACUUGCAGUUGAUGAAAUUAGGAAACGUUAGCCUUAUAUAAACAUGAGUUGAGCUAUAGUUUUAUUAAUUUAUGAAAAUAAACUUUUAGGAUACGUUUUGUCAACAUUAUUUCCUGUUAAAAAAAUAGGAAAAUCCUGGGUUCUUUCUGAUGAUUGAAAGCAACUAGAGUUGAAAGAAAACGUUUCCUUCACUCGUGACAUCAGAUCCAUGCCAAUGCUGGGCUAACAACAAAAUAUUAUGAUAAACAAUCCGGUACAAAUUUUUCUUUUUUCGGUUCCCAACUUCUUCUUUGUAAUGAGAUUUUGUAUA